AUGGAGAUAGACGACGAUACCGAUACGUCUGAUCUCAGUUCACCCCCGGCAUCUCCUCGUCCACCGCCGGGGUUCUAUCCCUCGCCGCCGCCCUCGCAGGAUCAAGAUGCGGACGACUUUAGCGCGGCGCGCAGCCAAGACGAAAGGCCCGCGAAGAAGAGGAGGCGGGUGGAACCCAAACCGCGCACGACGCAGCACUUGGAUCUAUCCCGCAAUGACGAGCAGUCCUACGCCCAGCAGCAGGCACAGCUGGAUCUGCUGAAGAAGACCUUGCGCAAACACCGCAAGAUCGUGGUGAUUGCCGGUGCCGGCAUCUCCACGUCGGCCGGCAUUCCUGACUUCCGCUCGACAGACGGGCUCUUCAAGUCGGUGCAGAAGAAGCACAACCUCAAGUCGUCCGGCAAGCUGCUCUUUGACGCAGCGGUCUACCGCGAUGACUCCCUCACCGCGUCCUUCCACGAGAUGGUACGCUCCUUGUCCGAGGAGGCCGCCAAAUCCUCCCCGACCGCCUUUCACCACCUUCUAGCUCGACUGGCCAAGGAGAAUCGCCUGGCGCGACUCUACACCCAGAACAUUGAUUGCAUCGAGACUUCGAUGCCACCGCUGGCGACGCAGGUUCCACUGAACAACAAGGCACCAUGGCCACGCACCAUCCAACUCCAUGGCAGCCUUGACAAGAUGGUGUGCCAGAAAUGCCGCCACCUCUCGGAUUUCCAACGCGAGCUCUUCGAUGGUCCUGAUGCGCCUCUUUGUCCUGCGUGCUCGGAGACAGAUGCAUUCCGCGCUGAGACUGGUCAACGCAGUCACGGAGUAGGCAAGAUGCGACCGCGCAUUGUCCUCUACAACGAACAUAACCCGGACGAGGAGGCCAUUGCUUCCGUCAUGAAUUCAGACAUUCGAUCCCGGCCCGAUGCUCUAAUCGUCGUAGGAACCAGCUUGAAGAUCCCAGGCGUACGUCGUCUCGUGAAAGACAUGUGUACAGUUGUCCGCAGCCGGCGAAAUGGAGUCACGAUGUGGAUCAACAACGACCCGCCAGUGGGCAAGGAGUUCGAGGACUGCUGGGACCUCAUGGUGACGGGAGACUGCGAGGAAGUCGCUAGAUUAGCCGGGCUGAAGCGGUGGGACGACGACAGCGAAAAUGUCUUCGACGAAUGCGAUGCUUCCGAGGUGGAGCGGGUGAAGAAGCAGCAUGGUGGCUUUUCCGUCGUGGUCCCCACGACGCCGCACAAGCAGCAGAAGACAAAUACAGGCUUCCUCACGCCCUCCUCCAGUCACGACGAGAUGUCAGGGGUUUCGCAGAGACAAUCCCCGGCUCCGCGUGCGAACCCGGCCAGCAAAGGCCCCAGCAUCAACGACGUUCUCCGGGGAACCAAGACAGCAAAUCCCAAAAAGCCAGGCCCGAAGAAGGGCACGGCCAACAAGACCACAAAGGCGACCAAGCCCCGUGCAAAGAAAGAACAGGCCGCCAAGGUCACCAAGAUCACAUCUUUCAGCAAGGUUACCAAAGGGACCAAGGCUGCGGCCGGCACAGCCAAAGCGGUCAAGUUGGAGAAGGGCGAAUCCGCCAAACCAAUGCAUCCCCUGCCACCGGGUGCUGCCCGCAACAAUGGGCCUCUGUUCCCCAACCUGGCUACCAAGGGAGAUGCCUCUCCGUGUGGUGAGCUCUGGCGCAAUCCGGGGACUAUCUCCCCACCACGCGUGCCUAAGGGUAUGACCGACCUGUUGAGCGAACCCAGCGCGUAG